AUGCGAGGCGAUCCCUGCUACAUCCGCGCGCAAAAGGUGAAAUGGCACCGAACAACCACCCAAGUCGGAUCAGACUUCUACUGGACCGCUGGGGACGAAGGCAUUGGCACCCUCACUGUCGAGCCCCAAGGCAGCGACCCCACUCCUUGGGUCUAUGCAAAGCCCGAUAAGAAUGUCGCUCUCAAGCUUGAUGUCGAGAUCCACCAAGAUGGCUUCAUCCUCCGUGAUAUUGAUUCAGGUAUGACGGUGAGCCGAUCAGGCGACUGGGUGAUCCUCAAGCACGUGGAGAAUCCCGAUGAUGCCAUGCUCCAGUGGUCGAGAAUCAGUCGACAAACCUACUGGGUCCGGUUCAAGAGUGGAGGCGACUGGCUUCGCACGAACGAAUGCGGAGAGCUCAAUGUGAAGGGUUCUGGCGAGUAUGCGAUUCUUAUGCACAAUAGCUUUUGGCAUCUACCUCAUUAA